CUACGCGGACCGAUAAAUAAGGGAUACAUUUAGUAGUUAACCUGACACGUUCAUAGAUGUUUAAAGGAUUAUAUUUGCAAUGUUCGGAUAUAGAUGCUUUUAGCCCGUGUGGAUUGUCCGUUUGGACAAAAAUGCGGACGAUUUUGGGGCUGCGUUGGAGUUGGCCUCAGGCUGCCGCUAUUUAACCUUGUCCGGUCCCUCGGCCCCUCACCGUGGUCGUGCUCGUAUUUUCUUUUUCCUCGCUGGUCCCCUGCUCCACCUCUCCACCUCGUACUGUCGUACAGAGCGAACAGAGCGCGCACCGGCGGCCGGCGAGGGCGCAUGGUUCGCCGCAAGUUCCGGCUGUCCGACAUGAUACCCAACGCAUGGUUCUACAAGCUCCGCGACAUGCGCCCCCGCGGAGGCGGCGGCGUUGGGGUGCAUCAUCGGUCCUCCUCGGCUCGGUCCUACCAGCCGCCGUCGUGGAACCGGGAGUCGUCGGCUCGGUGGAGCGUGGAGGCGGCGCCGCAGCCGCCGUCGUCACGGUGGAACAGGGCGGCCGACAACGACGUCAAGCAGCCGGAAGCCGACGUCGAGCCGCCGGUCACGCCGACGAAGGGGUCGCCCCGUGCCCCGCUCCCUCGCAGGGCGUCGUACUACUACUCCACCAGAGACAGGGAGGUCCCUGCGCCGCCGGCUCCGAAGCCGCCCAGGGCCAAGGACGCGCCAUCGCCGGCAAGGAGCUCCAGGAGGCGCCACAGGGUGGGCCACGCGACUGGAGAAAGAGCACCUGCGUCAGCGUCGGUGCCGGCCCAGGGAAAAGAGCCCGUGGUCGAUGCAGCCGGCCGGUCUUGUCGCCGUCGUGACCUGUGCAUCAAGAGUGACGGCGGGGAGCCCCGGAGGCCAAGGGCGACAGGCCCGCCGGACGACGGCCUCAACGUCAAGGUGAUCGCGUCGCAUAACGAAAUCAUAAUCGACCUGCAGGAAAAGGACACACCCGAGAGAAGACUCCGGCCAAUCGUGACCAGGCCGGCGAGGAGACAACCUAAGCCAAACGAGCAGGAUGGCAACAACGUCGACCUCGCCGACGUGACCGCAAGAGCAAGUUGUGCCUCCGAGGAGAGCAGCAUCAGCAAGCCGAGACUGUCUUCGGCAUCGUUGUCGGGGCGCCGCCGCCUCAAGACGCUCGCCAAGAGCCCGCGUCUGACCGCCACCGGCAAGAAAGUGAAGCCGCCGGCGCGAAAUUGGACGGCAUCACCGCCACUGCUGCCGGCGCCGGUGAUUGUGAGCAGCUACCCGGUGGUGAAGAUGUCGGAGGACCCAGGGCAGGACUUCCGCGAGUCCAUGGAGGACAUGAUCAGCGCGAAGGGCAUCCACGAGGCCGAGGACCUGGAGGACCUCCUCGCCUGCUACCUGUCCCUCAACGACGCCGAGCACCAUGACCUCAUAAUCGAAGUCUUCGAGCAGAUUUGGGUGAGCCUCGCCAGCGCCAAGCCGUGAAAGCCGCCGGCCAUGGCAGCUCCGUGGUGCAGCAAUGGUGGAUCCUAUCCUUACUAUUGCUGCCACAUUAAUUAACUAGAUUAAUUGCGUCUAUAUCUCGUUAAUGACAGCGAUUAAUAGGAGAUCUCCAUAGAAGGAAAUUUGCAACCCUCCUGCGUCUGCAACUCUGCAUGCAUUGUUCAUCUCCAUAGAGCGAGUGAAUAAAAUAAAAGACAAAGCUUUUGUUCUUUC